AUGAACAUUAAGUUCCUGACAGUGGGUUUAACAGAUGAGACACUUAAAGGUUCAAGCAUCCAUGUUUAUGAGGAUGAAUUUUCAGUCUGUGACAACUUUGAGCUGCCUUCAAAACCUGAAAGAGUAACUGUGAGUGACGUGAACUACAACAGUGUGAGUCUGAAGAUUUCUCCACCCAGAUUUGGAGCUGAAGGCAUCACCUCCUACUGUGUUGAAUACUGUGUCUGUGGAGAAGAUGGAUGGCAACAAACCACAGCAUCUAAAGCUGAGGAGGCCACAGUGAGUGGUCUGAGUCCUAACACAGAGUACAUGUUCAGAUGCAGAGCAGUGACGCCAGUAGGUCUAGGGCCUGCAGCUCAAGUCAGUGAUCCCAUUAAAACCCUACCCUGCAGCCCUCCUGGAACACCUCAAACACAGUCAAACUCUAGUGAGAUAUCAGUCAGCUGGGAGAAACCUGCUGAGGUCGGACAAGAUGUCCAUAUUCUGAGCUACAUGGUGGAGUACACUCAGAUGGAUGGAGUUGAUAAGGCAGAUCUCCAGUGGAACCAAAUGUUAUCAGGAGGUGAAAAGGUGAUCAUUUCAGGACUUCAGUCUGAGACAGGAUACACAGUCAGAGUCUGAUGUGACUGUGGUGUCGAUGGAGUAAGUAAAGAAAGUGUCACCGUUAACAA